AUGCUAAUCCUAAUCUUAAUUUCAUAUACUUAUUAAUUAAGUUCUGAUUGUUAAUUUAGAAGUACCACAGAUUGUUUAGACUUAAAUAUAGAUAUAUAUUUACUAUUUGUAGUNGAUUAAUGUUUUUGUGGAAAUCAAUUACAUUAUAAGUAAAUAAUUAAAUGUCAUUUAUGUGAAAAACAUUUUCAUGUAAAUUGUUUAGAUAAAAGUUAUGAUGAAAGAUAUGUUAAAAAUUUUACAUGUCCAAGAUGUACUUUAUAUCAUAUGGAUUAAUUUUGUGAAGUUAUUUCUAUUAUUAUAGAACCAUUUUCAUUUAAGAAAACAGGUUUAACUAGCACAAAAACUAUUAAAUUUAAAUCAGAUACUAAUAAAAUUGAUAUCAGAUGUAUUAGAAUGGAUUGUCCAUUAUCAGCAGAAGAAAUUACAUGGCCAGAUUUAGGAGAAUUACAUAUUAAUAAUAAAAAAGUGGCUGAAUUUAUUCCAUUAGCUUAAUAGAGUUGUCAACAUAAACGUAAAGAUGAAAAAUUGAUAUUUACUAUUCCAUAAAAUGAAGAAUGUACUCUAAUGAUCAAAGAAAUUAUACCUGGUAUGGAAUAAAAAAGAAAAUAUAGAAUUUAAGGUGAAUUACAUUAUAUUGCUGUCUACAAAACUAAAUAAUAUAAUGCAAAAUAACUUAUAGAAAAGAUUAUUGUAUCUAGUGAAAAUUGGAUGAGUGUAGAAUAAGCAUAGGAUUUUAUUAUACUUUAGAUGAAUUACAUAUCAUCUACUGGUAUCAAAUAAAUUAAAUAAACUAUUUCUUUAUUGUGUUGUUUAUGUUCUUCUUUAAUGGUUACUCCUGUAAGGGGAAUAUAUUGUAAUCAUAUUUAAUGUUUCUCUCUAGAAAAUUAUUUAAUGAUGCUUGAAUUAUCAAAUCCAAGAAAAUGGAGAUGUCCAAUUUGUAAAGCUAAAUUAUUUAAAUUACAAAUUGAUGCAUUAUAAUAUACUAUCUUGUAAACUAUUAGACAAUAUAAUUUAUAAGAGAAAUAUACAGAAAUAUCAUUUGAUCAUAUGGGAAAUAUUUUGGAUGAUCUCAUUUAAAAAUAUUUAGAUUAUAAUAUAUUACCUGAACAUGUUAAAACUAGUAGAAAUAGAAUAUUACAAUUAGAAACUUUAAGUAAUUAAAGAAUUGAUAUUGAUAAUGAAAUGGAUGAAUUAGAAUAAUUAAAUAAUAGAUCAUUAAAUCCUAAUUCAAUUGUUAUAGAAUGA